AUGGCAUUUGGACAUUCAACUCGCUCAAGGAGACGCUCUACCUCUCCAGAACCGCCCCCAAAACCACCACGUCCGCGUCAGCGAGCUGAGAGCACACCUGUGCCGCCGACUCAAUAUGGCUAUCGCUAUGCAACAACGUCGACAUAUUCAGUCAACACUUGUCAUGCUUCACCGCCUGUCGCGCCUUAUCAUCAAAUAGGCACAAUGUCUAUGGUCCGGCUGCCCCCUCAACCAGCACUCCCUCCACCACAGUCUUCUUCGGGGACGUUAGUUGCCAGUCCACAGCCAGUAUGGAAUCAUCAGCAGCCACUACCAGCACGAAGGCUUUCAAAAUGGAAGUCAUAUACGAGCCUUAACCAGUCUAUGUCUCAUCUUGUAUCGCAUACUGUUGAGAAAACCAAUGCAACUAUCCAGGAACUCGAGCAACUUGUUCACCAAAGCUUGGGUGGUGGUGCGAAUGUCAAUGAAGCCACAUCGCGGUUGUUAGAUCAGGUUAUUACUUCUAUUGAUUUGGGAUCAUUCUGUGGAAGAGAGAGUGAACUCAUCGCCGCAUGUGCUGUCCCUUCUCAGUCCGACAGAAGAGAUCGCCGUUCACAGCGAACAGGAAAGAAACACACAGGGUCUGUGGAUUACUUCUCCAAGGUGUACUUGUACGCAAACUCACGACUACCACUGCAUAUACAAACAUUGAAAUUUUAUCCCGCGACAUAUCCUCUCCUCCAACUGGCAGCCAAGUACUCCCGACGUGCCUACGACAAGCCUUCAGGGCGAGAACGACAUUCAUAUGUCGGCUCCGACUGGCUUCAAGGUACAAAAGCCAUGGUCGUAAAGUCGCUGCCAAUCGAUGAUAUGAACACAAUUGUCUUCGCCAUACGAGGCACGCAAAGUUUCAUCGACUGGGCAGUCAAUGUCCACACGGCACCGACGUCUCCCUCGGGGUUUCUGGAUGAUCCUUCCAAUUGCUGUCAUUCUGGAUUCCUUUCAGUGUCUCGUAAGAUGGCUGCCACUGUUGCAGAACGGCUGCGCAAUUUGCUCGAAGAGGACCCGUCUCGUAUGUCCUAUUCGCUCGUUCUUACGGGUCACUCUGCUGGCGGUGCUGUCGCCAGUCUUCUAUAUCUGCAUAUGCUUUCUGAGUCACCAGCGGUGCAGUCUGAACUCACACACCUUCGUGGGUGCUUUAGACAUAUCCAUUGUGUGACAUUUGGUGCUCCGCCUAUCUCACUGCGACCGCUUCAGCCCUCUCCCGCUGCCCUGAGGUCAAAAUCUCUAUUCUUCGCUUUCAUCAAUGAAGGCGAUCCAGUAGCCCGAGCCGAUAAGGGAAACAACAUGCACCUAUCUUAUGGAGGACUCCUGCAUCCACUCGCGCUGGCAGGUCGCCUCAUUGUUCUUCGACCGCGAGAACAAUGGAGUGGCCGGCCCGUUGUUGUAGCACCGCCUGUCUCUGGCGGUCCUCCCACUCUGCCGCCGCGCGAGAAAGUGGAUGCUUGUGGGGUUACAGAUACGGAGUUACGAGGUGUUGUAUUUGGAGAUCCAGUCAUGCAUUUCAUGGACUUGUAUUCUCGCCGCAUUGAUGCGAUCGCAAGAGGCGCCCUGGGCAAGCGAUGA